UAAAAAUAAUGACACAAUUCUGAAGUCACAAUCUUCACUAAAGACAGAGGCUCAUUUACUGGAUAUAAUCCACACACUGCUCUUUGCUCCAUUUAAGUCUGAACCCAAAACAGUAAAGCUUAAUAUGAGUCAUUCUGUUGACCCAAUCACUACCCGUUUGGAAAAACAGCUUAACCUAUACAGUAUGUAUUUAUAACUAUAGUUUCUUACGUUGUAAAACAUCUUUUAAAACAUUUUAAUUUUGUAUGACUAUUUUUGCUAUCAUGCAACACUUUAAAACUAGGUUAAGGAAAUACAAAAUAAGGGAUUGAGAACAGGCACACUUCAAAGCUUUGUCAACAGUCUUUUUAAGACGCUUCCUGGUCCCCAUUGUUGUCUGAUAUACAAUAGAGGAUGCUGAGAGGCAAUGUUUGCUGCACUGCAUGUAUUCUUUCAAUUCCUUUCUGAAUAAUGGAACCACAUCACUUCUGCCUAACAAACUUCGCCCUUCAUUGGUCAAACAAGAAUUCUAACUGUGACUGGGGGGGUGUGGUUUCAACUGGCUCGACCAGAUUUCCCUGGAGUUUCUCUGUGUGUGUCCGUGUGUUUUGUUUUGUUUUGUUGUGUUUUUUCAUAGGCAUAACUGACACCAUUGGAGCUGAGGGAACACUCGCACUAGGACAUACAGUACUUGUGUCUCUGAGAGCCGAAAACGAUGAAAUCCAAGGACUUACUGAAUACUGAACUUUAUCAGGUCCAGCUUAGAUCUUACUAAUCCAUGGCUGAGGAAGGAGUUGAGUAAAAUUCCUGGAAAUAAAAUGAAGCCACAUUCAGAAUUCAAUGGAUUAAAGGCAAUAAGAGGUUAUGGAAAGGUCAGGAACAUUUUACUCACAAACAACACUCAAAUCUAAAAUUGACCUGAUCCACAUCAAGGUCUUCAUCCUGUGCAGUUAUGAAAGACCGCAUGGAGGAGCUGCGUCAGCAGAUGAAGGCCAGCGAGAAGCUGGUGGACAGCAACCCCUUUAAUGAGGAGGAAGACAAGGACAUAGACCAAUCCUCACUGAUAGGCCUGCAGGCUGUGAUCUUCGAAGCAGAACCUGUCCUGGAAAUCUUUCUAAAGGACGCUCAGAGCAUUCGUGCCAGCAUCGAGGAGCUGAACUCGGAAGUCAGUAAGUUCAAUGAGCAGCAGAGAAACUUUGUGGCCACCAUCAGACGCCUCAGCAUCAUGAAAAAAGAGAGCAGCAUGACUCGAGACAUCAAGCUGUUGGCCGAGAGUCUGCAUAAAAGGUUAGAUGCUCUUUCCAAGCAAGCUAAGCAAACAGAGACCGAGCUCGGCCCAAAUGCUGCCACGUCCCGUAUCCAGAAGAUCCAACACGCAGCUCUCUUCCUCCAAUUUCAUCAAGUAAUGCGACAACACAAUGACGCAAUCCUAAGCAAGCAGGAAAAAUGCAAGCAGUUUAUCAUCCGGCAGCUUGAGGUAUCAGGCCGCGAAGUGUCUGAAGAGGAGGUGGAUAACAUGAUAGAGCAGGGAAAGUGGGAGAUCUUCAACGAGAACAUCAUUGUCGAUGCUAAGAUCACUCGAACACAACUCUCGGAGAUCGAGCAACGCCAUAAAGAGCUUCUCAAUCUGGAAAGCAACAUGAAGGACCUGCGAGAUCUCUUUCUAGAUGUGUUCAUGCUGGUGGAAGAGCAAGGCCACCAGAUUCAAAACAUACAAGCCAAUGUGGAGAAGACGCAAGACUAUGUGUCGGUCACAAAGGAGAAGUUCAAAAGAGCUGCGAGAUAUAAGAAGAACAACCCGCUUAGAAGACUGUGCUGUUGUUGCUGUCCUUGGUUUAGAUAGCAGAGCAAGGCUGGUAGGAUAAAAUGUGGGAAAGUUUGUUAUUUACUGCAUUCUCAAGGGAAGAACUGAUGGCCGAAUACACCAUACAGACAUUGACCUCUGUCUGAUGAAGAUAAAGAGCAAGGGCACAAAGCACUUUUUAAAACAUUGAAGCAGGAAGGCUUAACAGUUAGCUGGGUGUUGACAUGCAAUACAAGUAGUCAUAUGAAGAUUUUCUGAGAGAUUGUUUUGUUUUGUUACAUCACAAAUGUUAUGUAAGAUGUAAUGAAGGGUAAAUUAAAGAGUUAGUUCACCCUAAAAUGAACACUUAUUCAGCCUCAAGUGGUUUCAGACCUUUAUGAGUUUUUUAUGAACACUAAAGAAGAUAUUUCAAAGCUGAAAACCUGUAACCAGGAAAAACAAAAACUAUGGAAGUCAUUGGUUACAGGUUCCCAAAUUUUUUUUCAAUAUCUUUUAUGUUUAACAUUAGAAAGCAAAUGGUUCAAAACAAAUAAAGGGUGAGUAAAUAAUGCCAGAAUUUUCAUUUUUGGGUGAACUAUCCUUUUAAUUGUGAAAAAGUUAUGCUAUUUUGUAAGUUGCAAUUUAUUCAACUGACUUUAAUUUAUUUUUCCCCCUUCAGUAUUAUUUGAAUCAGUCACUUUUUAUAGAUUGUGUGUUAAGAUUAAAUAUUUUAGCUAAAUAUCAAAUAUACUGUCUUAAGAGAAAGAAUGAUAAAUUCACGUCCAAUCUUAUUUAAGCAAUACUGAAAGAUACCCGGAUGUUCUUCUAAAGCACAAUUUAUACUUGAUACUUCCAUUAGUUUGCUUUGGUGUGCGUGAGCAUAAUGGUAUCAGCAAAGAGUCUGUUGUUGACCUUGGCCCCGAAACAAAUGACACACUUCAUGUGUGAAUAUAUGGAAGGCGAUCGGUGACAAAAGUCUUCAAACAGUUUGUGUAAUUAGUUGAUUGUGUCAACAAGCAUAUUUUGGGUGUGUUAAAGGAAUAGUUCCCACAAAAAUAGUGGAUCACUUGUAAGUUGUUACAAUAUAUAUGUGUGUGUGUGUGUGUGUG